UACAGCGGCGCCUUGACAGCGCGGGGUCUUUGGGUAUCUGCGCUCUUCUCAUGUCAGAAUAAACAAUAAUAAAAGCAGGAUCGCAGCUCGGCGUCCAGAUUGAACAUGGAGAAGAAAGAGGAGACUGUCGCGGUCAGACGAAGCAGUUCGGAGCAGAGGAAGCUGCGUUCUCGUGAUGCCGCCAGAUGUAGGCGGAGUCAGGAGACAGAGGUGUUUUAUGAGCUUGCCCACACUCUGCCGCUCCCCCGCCGAGUGUCCACCCACCUGGACAAAGCUGCCAUCAUGAGAGUCACCCUCAGCUUCCUGCGCAUGCACCACCUCCUGGCAUCUGGUGAGAAUCAGAAAGAGGAGUCUGAAGAGGAGGAAGAGGAAGAGGAAGAGGAGGAGGAUCCAAUGGACGCUUUCUAUCCUCAGGCGUUGGCUGGGUUCAUCAUGGUGAUGACCGAGGAAGGAGACUUGAUCUACCUGACGGAGAACGUCAGCAGACACAUCGGCAUCACACAGCUGGAGCUACUGGGUCAGAGUGUUUAUGACUUUGUUCAUCCCUGUGACCAGGAGGAGCUCAGAGACCUGCUGGCUCCACGUCCAGGUCUGAGUAAGAAGUCGACAGAGCAGCGGAGCGAGAGGAACUUCUUCCUGCGAAUGAAAAGCACACUGACCAGCAGGGGGCGCACAGUCAACAUCAAGUCUGCUACCUGGAAGGUUCUCCACUGUACAGGUCACAUGUGUCCCUUUGGUGGCAGCUCCACGUCGCCCCCUGCAGCCAGAGUGAUGACCCUGCUGUGUGAGCCCAUCCCUCACCCGUCCAGCGUGGAGUUCCCUCUGGACACCUGCACCUUCCUCACCCGCCACAGCAUGGACCUGCGCUUCACACACUGCGAGGGCAGGGUUACAGAGUUGGUGGGAUACAAACCAGACGAUCUGAUUGGUCGCUCAGCCUACGAGUUCCAUCAUGCGCUCGACUCUGAUCACGUCAACAAAAGCCUGCACACAUUGCUGUCCAAAGGUCAGGUGAGCACCAGUCACUACCGUUUCCUGGCAAACAGCGGCGGCUUUGUCUGGGCAGAGACCCAGGCGACCGUCCUCUACAGCAGCAAGACGUCGCAGCCCGAGGCCGUCGUCUGCCUCAACUUCAUACUGAGCGCAGUGGAGCAGCCAGACAUUGUUUUCUCUGUCGAGCAGACCCGCUGUGGCCAGCUGCAUAAAUCUGAACCUCCAUCACCACAGCUUCCACCAGAGGACUGUGAGACUGCUGCUGCCUGCGACUCUGACGGUGAGCAGCUUGCCAGCUCCAGUCAGACUGAGGACGCAGGUUCAAGUCCCAGCAGCGCUGCAAAUCUCUUCUUCAAACUGAAGGAGCCAGAGGAGCUUCUCCAGUUGGCUCCUGAGGCUGGAGACGCUGUCGUACCACUGACAGGAGGUUUUGUUGAGCUGUCGUUCAUCAGUCCGCCCAGUCCAAACUCACUGCCGGACCACCCUCAGGAUCUGUGCACUCCACAGCUGCGACAGCUCCUCACGCCCAUCUUCAACCCCAUCACGCCUCCUUCCUCAUCCUCACCAGCCUCCUCACCUGAUCCUGAGCCGAGCAUCCGUGAGGAAGAGGAGGAGGAAGAGGAGGAGAUGGACACAAGCAAGGUGGAGAAGUUCUUUGCCAUUAGGCCAGAAGAGGGUCAGAAGACAGAAGAAACACUGGAGAACAUGGAGGGGAUGGAUCUAGACAUGUUGGCUCCUUACAUCUCUAUGGACGAUGACUUCCAGCUGACCUUCCUCAGCAGUCUGCCGGAGGAAGCCGACAAAGCUUCGUCCUCCUCCCCUGAACCUUCAGCUGUGAGCAGGAAGCGGACCCAUAACCCAGACGAGGAGCUGCCGUCUCAGCUGAUGGUGCAGGACAAGAGGCAGAAACAAGAACCUUCCUCUAUAGAAGAGGAACUCCUUCUCAGCCACAGAUUACUGGACUGUCUGGAGGAAACCAACCAGUCAGAUCUGAUCUUAGACCCGGGCCCAGGGGGGCGGAGUCAGCUACUCACAGACAGAGACCCUAUUUUAGGAGGCAUACAGGGACUCUGUGAUACUGCAGCUCUCAUGAGGGACAUAUUCGUAUCCCGUCCACCUGACCUGUCGCCGCCUCUCUCGCCCAUGACUUGACGGAUCUCCCGCCAAUCGAGAGUUGGCUCGACUUCUUCGAGAGAGUCACGCCGGAUCUGUCUGCCAACACAGCAGCCUGAGCGCACACAUACAAACGCAACACACCACAAACAUGUAUGCACAUGAAUAUAGACGCACACACGCUGCAUAACCAUGCUGUAAGGUCGCCCCGGACCUCGUUGCUUGUAGCUGAACCAGGACAGUCACUUCUGUUGUGUUCUCUCAUCAGUCUCUCACUGUGAAACAAGAGCCAAUGACGUGUUGUAGGUCAGGCAGGAAAAAAUUCAACUGGCGGUGCUGCAAUCCACUCUCUUUAACCUGCUGCUGCUCAGUCCUUCUGUAUUUACACUUUAUUACUGAUUUAAUGUGAGAAAUCAUCAUUGUGGUCAGUCUGUUUUAUGGAAACAGCAGGUGGUGCUAAACAUUUUUUUUCAUGCAAAGGGUGAGAAAGAUCAAAAAUCCUACACCAGUGAGAUGAAUCUGAAAAAGGCAUUUCUCUGUGCAGCUAAAUUUAGCGCAGCUUUCAAGUUUAUCACAUUUAAUCCGUCUGUUUCAGUGCUUCUAGCAUCAUGUAACGCCUGUGCAGGAAACUCCCAUAAUGCUCUGCUUUGACUUUGAGCCAACAACUGUCGAGUACGAACAGUUAUUCUUUUCAUCCGUGUUUAAACAAUCUCACUGCCAUGUUCUUCUAAACAAUUACACCAACAAACAGACCUGCGAAUAUCAGUGGCAUCGAUUAUUUCAGUGGCAUAUUUUUACAUCUUUUUAUACACUUGUGCUAAACCUUUUUUUUUUUUUUUUUUUUUUAAAUGAUGCAUUUACUAUAAAGUUCUCAACUGGGAAUGUUAUCACUGUUUAUCUACAAAUCCUGAGUCAACAAUCAUCUGCAAAUCAUGGUGUGUGUUUGUUUUGCUGAGGUGCCAGAUGGGUGGGGUUUCCCUCAGCUAACACUCCCUGUAAACUAACCAGCGGCCAUCAGGCACAGAAGGAGUUAAACAUAUAGACUUUCAGACACAUCACUGUGUUUCCUCUGUGGUAAACCCACUGACUCAAACCAUCAUCACACCAUGAAACAUUUUGAUCCCUGCAGAUUUGAUGCAGUUUGAUUUGUCCUUUUAUCAUAUUUUUAAAUGUCUAAUCAGAUUAACUUGCAGUAUGAGACAAACGGGAGAGUCAGCUUGUUAUAUACUCUGUAGAAAUGUAAUGAAACACUAGUUCUCACACGUUUGUCAUGUGUAAGUUUGAGUUUUAUGACUUGUAACAAACUGUGCCUCAACUCAGCUGAUGAUCGACUUGUAUGUUUCAGCCGCAGUGUUUGAAAUACUGUGAUGUUUCUAUGCUGUCUGAGUUUUUAUUUGGCCACAGACGUCUGUUAUUUCCUGUUACGUAGCUCUUCCGAAGCUCUCUGUGCCUUUGAUCAUCCAGGAAAAGACAUGUCAAUGGAAGGUUUUCUCCAUCCUGUUUGUCCCGUUAUCCACACACAGGAUCUGCUCUAAAUGUCCCCAGUGAUUUAAAAUGAGGGAGAAAAUUAAAUACUGUAAUGUUUCCUUUUAUUUCUACUGUUUAUCCUGUAUGCAUUCUUGAGCUAAAUAAAGCUGUUGAAGCAGAA